AUGCCUCGCGGUAACGCCCCCCAAUCCAAAGUACACUAUGCCGGCAAGGAGGACGACUUUGUCGUUAUGGUUGACGGCGCCGAUGCUGUGCAGAAGUGGAAGGGUGAUCGCUCUGUCCCGCUUGCUCAGGUCGUGUCUGGGUUUAAGAUCUUUGUGACACAUAAGCACGGAGCCCAAGGUGUCCUGGACACCGCGAGCAAAUCUACGCUGGAGAACGAGUUCGGGACCACUAAUGAGGACGAGGUCAUAACUAAGAUACUGGAGGGAGGUAACAUUCAGGAGACGGAGUACAAGGAGGAACGUAUGCAUGAGCUAGCUUGA